CAUCAUCGUCCGCUCUCCCCUUCUUCCUCUCGCCCUCGACCGAUCCAGUUUCAUUCGUUCGCUCUCUCGCCCUCCUCCCUUCGUACCCUCGCCCUCCUCCUCCUCCCCUCCUCCUCCUUCAUAAGGCCUCGCCCUCUCGUCGUGUGUGCGCGGAACGCUCACUCUGCUUGUGCACUGCUGUCGUAGUCGCUGCUGUGCAGGGCCCAGUUUGCGCGUCGAGUCGAGUAGUAGUUGUUCUCUGUUCAUCCAUUCCUUCUCUAUCUCUCUCUUUCUUUCUCCUCCUCGAUCUCUCUCUCUCUCUCUCUCUCUCUCGCUCUCGCGCGCGCGCUCUCUCUCUUUCUCGGUCUCUUCGCUGGCGCGAUAGCAUCUUGCUUCGAUCUGUAAUUUCUCUUGACAUCUUUCUCGUUCGAUACCAUCAUUAUUAUCAACCCACAACACCAUCACCACCAACCAUCCAGUCGUGGGCUUGGGCCGUCGUGUCGUGACGAGCUCGGUCGGUCGGGUUCGUUCGAGGUCUGUGAUAAAAGUUUCUUCCGGCUCUCGAGAUCGUUCGAAGGUCGCGCGAGUGAGUCUUGCUACGACUCCUGGUGGUCAGAUCCGUGGGGUUUGAGUCGAGGCUUGGACAAAGAGAAGCGUAGUUGAGGCGUCGGUAGUGGAGGUUGGAGGUUAUCAGAGCGUGGACGGGAGGAAGAGGACUCACUCAAUAGGUUGCAAGGAUAUCGGGAAAGGAAUAAAGGAGGAAGAGAAGACGAGAUAGGAAGAGAACGAACGAAGCCCGGUCCUGUCGUGGUCUGCUGUCGGUGGGGCUUCGAGUCUUGUUCGUUCGGUCGGUCGGUUGCUCGAAAGGCGGUAAGGAAGUGCAACAAAAGGGAGAAAGGAAAGGAAAAGUAGCGACGAGUAGACGAGGGAGAUAGCGCGAGAAGGAAGUCCCGCUCCGCAUCGUUUUCUUGUGCUGUCUUGAGAGAGGGAGCAUCGGUUGUGAUCGGUUUCUGGCUUCGGGCUUUAUACCACGUGGUUGCUUCUUCGAGUUCUCUCUCAGAUCCUACGUCUUUCUUGUCCUGCGACUUGGAAGCCACGGAUUUCGGUUUCAUCGGCGGGCACGUGUUUGCUCUCUUUCUCUCCCUCUCCCACUGCUCCAAGGGGCAUAUGCUCUCGCCUGCUGUCCUCCGUCCUCGUGGUGACAUCUAAUUCGAAUCGGGUUCCUCUCGGUGUCCCACUCUUCGCGGAUCUGCUCUCUCGUUGCCAGUGUGAACAGGCGCCGGUGCCCUCAUCCAUCUGCGUUCACAACAGACGACUCGUGAACCGGAAGAGAACGGAGCCGCACCGACCUUGUGCAGUUCGCUCCUCGUGCUCUACAUCACACGAUUUCUCCAUCGUCUUCCCAGUCAGUAAAAAUAGACCCAUUCAAGUUACCACCGGUCGCUGUGGCUAACUUACGUAUUCCUUCGGGGCGAUCAGGGCCAGAAGAACUGGAGACCGAAAUGACUCGCCGUUGCUCCCACUGUGGUCAUAAUGGGCACAAUUCUCGUACGUGUCCCGAUCGUUGUCCUGAUCGGGGGGUACGGUUAUUUGGUGUUCGACUCACAACGAACGAUGGUGCAGCGAACAUGCGUAAGAGUGUCAGCAUGGGCAAUUUGACGCAUUAUGCCAACGCCAGCAACCCUCCAUCCACCCCCGAGCAUUCGGAGUCCGGAGCUGGUGCUGAGGGAUACGUUUCAGACGGCCUCGUGCAGACUUCCAGCAACGCUCGCGAAAGAAAGAAAGGUGUACCGUGGACUGAAGAAGAACACCGCCUCUUUCUUCUUGGGCUCCAGAAACUUGGUAAAGGUGAUUGGAGGGGCAUAUCCAGGAAUUUUGUGCAGACUAGGACUCCUACUCAGGUGGCCAGUCACGCUCAAAAAUAUUUCAUCAGACAGAGUAACCUGAACAAAAGGAAGCGUCGUUCAAGCCUCUUCGACAUUGUUACGGAGUCGGGUCCGAGGCCGAUGGUCGAAGAGCCCCUCUCAAAGAGCCCUGACAUGUCUGCUCCCCUCCACCAACUCAGCUUGAGCUCCGGAGGAUUGUUCAACCACGGUGCGUUCUUCGAACAACAGGGAAUGCCGCAACUGAACAGAGGGCCAGACAUGUUUCCUCCGAUGGCUCCCAUGUCGGGAGUGUCGAUGAGAAGUUAUCCGAUUGGAGCCCAUCUCCAACAAGCUAUUCCUCUGCCAGUGAUGUCUCUGGGAACGGCCGAGCAGACAGGUGAGUCGACUGUCAGCUACGCCGGCGAAUCCGUAACGGUACUACCGAGACCUGUGGCAAUUUCUGCGGCCAGUGCUUCAGGUCCCGGCAGUGCAGCGUUGGCGGGUCAGUUAGGAAUCGGAGGACCAAGUAUGUACCCAUACCACAUAUGGCCAGGUAUUGCACCUGGGAGCUACAGCAAGCCCAUGUCCUCGUCGCCGUCAUCGAGUUCGAAGGUGGUGAAGCCAACUGCGUGUCCGGCCAAGAUCGAUGAAGGAUCCGAGAUGGCGAAACUCACUCUCGGACCUUCACCGUCAGCGGAGCCGUCGAACCUCACUUUGAAGUUCUCGGGCCACAGCGCGUUCGUCUCCAAGACCUCAUUCAACAGCAACAAUCUCGGUCCGAGCACUAUUAGUGUGGUGUAGAACAGUGGAGCCCAUUUGGCACCGCAGUGUGGUAGUUGACAGGGAUUCGUUGACACAAGGUUUCGGUUUGCUGUAGACUAAUUUUUUAUGUACAUAGUUACGACGAUUCAUUCUGCCAGAGGCCUGCCUGGUACGUUCCCCAGGUUGUAAACUACACAGAAAGAGAGAAUUCGACGUCCCUGGAAUUGGAAUCUAGUGGGGCCUGCAGGGACAACGCAUAUCAGGAGUUUCAUGCAGUUCAUUUUGACUCUUUGUUAAGCAAUGGUUGUGUGAUGAAGGUGGCCAUGAAAUGAAGCCUUUUUCAUAUAUGGCGAGAAGUGGCGAGUCUUAUUUGUGCAAGGCUCUGCUGAACUCGUCUAUUCAUGACAUUGCGGGCUCACAAUCUCUCAAGAAGGUGAGAGUGGUGAGCUCCAUGUGUGCAAGGUUGAGAAGGUUAGUAAAGUGCUUUGUUUCACCGACACUGGCAGUUGCAUCCGAAGCUCUUAAUUUGCAAAAAGCUUUAGCGCUGUGUCCACGUGCAAGCAAAGUAGGACAUGAUUCGGACUCUCGGUGUCGAGUUCAUGGAAGUAAAAUACUCUCCAUAUGGUUGAAUCUCCGUCCGUCGCUCACUAGGCCAGCUUUCUGUCGGAAGGAGCUUGCGGGGUGUUUCAGAAAUGAGGCGUUACAGGACCCGGUUGAGACAUUCGAGUAGUAUAGAGAUAGAUGGCCUUAGUCAGGUCGAGGUCAGGGCCCGUGAUUUUUUAUCUCGGAUGUGCUGCGGGAGAUCAAGUUUUUCAACUCUCGUUUGUGGAUUGGAGUCACUAUGUAGCCCUUUUGGAUAUUGUAAGCUGUGUCCGCACGUCCGACCUGACUGAGUUCCUAUUUUCAAGCUUUCGAAAGAAAGAGUAGGGUCGUCAUAUGGAGGCAUGGGUGAUUGGUGAAAUACCAAGAAUGUACAGAUUUUGGGGUCACGGCCCCUUUUUCUAGAGCAAGCAAUUGUAGAAGAUAAACCUGGAAUAUGAGAAUCAUCACCCUUAUCAUC